AUGUUGGUGUUGUUGAAACUUCAAAUUGUCAAGUGUCAAAAUGGAAGAAGGGGCGUUUGUUGGGUAGAGGGACUUUUGGGGCAUGUUUAUCUUGGAUUCAACAGUGAGAGUGGGCAGAUGUGUGCAAUUAAAGAAGUAAAGGUUGUUGCUGAUGAUCAAUCGUCAAAAGAAUCUCUCAAACAAUUGAAUCAGGAGAUCACUUUGUUGAGUAAGCUGAUACAUCCCAACAUCGUUCAAUACCAUGGAAGUGAAUUGGGGGAAGAAACACUAUCAGUUUACUUGGAAUAUGUCUCGGGUGGUUCCAUUCAUAAGUUACUUCAAGAAUACGGGCCAUUUAGGGAGCCCGUAAUUCAAAAUUAUACUAGGCAAGUCCUCUCUGGGCUUUCCUACUUACAUGGAAGAAAUACAGUACACAGAGAUAUUAAAGGUGCAAACAUUUUAGUAGACCCAAAUGGUGAAAUCAAGCUUGCUGAUUUUGGCAUGGCAAAACAUAUAACAAAUUGUACUUCGAUGCUAUCAUUCAAAGGAAGCCCAUAUUGGAUGGCACCAGAGGUUGUAAUGAAUACAAAUGGUUACAACCUUGCGGUUGAUAUUUGGAGCUUAGGAUGUACGGUUCUUGAAAUGGCAACAUCAAAACCUCCUUGGGGUCAAUACGAGGGGGUGGCAGCAAUAUUCAAGAUUGGAAACAGCAAAGACAUGCCAGAAAUUCCAGAUCAUCUUUCAAACGAUGCAAAAUCUUUUAUAAAACAAUGCCUACAACGGGACCCAUGUUUGAGGCCCACAGCCUCUAAACUUUUGGAACAUCCAUUUGUACGUGAUCAAGCUACAACAAGACUUGCAAAUGUCAACCUAACAAAAGAAGCUUUUCCAACUGCAUUUGAUGGAACUCGAACACCCACGGCUUCGGAAAUGUAUUCGAAUAGAAACACUCGCUCGUUUGAGGGAGACUAUGCAACAAAACCCGUGUUGUCAACACAUAAAUCUCCAAUGUUGAGUCCAAGGCAUCAUGCAAGAGCAAUCACAUCUUUGCCGGUAUCCCCGAGUGCAAGCCCAUUAAGACAAUACGGGCCUGCAUAUGGAAGUUGUUACCUCUCGCCACCUCAUCCAUCAUAUGGUAUUAUCGGUCAAAGUAGCCACCCUUUGCCCGAUGUCUUUGCGGGCCCGGGUCGACCCAUCACAAAAACCGUACUUGACCCGUGGUACGAGAUCCCGCAACUUAAAGCCCAAACGCCUAACAGAUCGCCAAGAAGAUAACUCGCUUGAGUUGUGAAAAGACCAUAAUAUCCAAAGGGAAGGAUAAACUUGUAGUGAUAUCGAAUGUUUUUGUUUUUCUUUUUUGUGAUUUGAUGUAAAUAGAAAAUGUUAGUGUGAGUAUCUUUUUUCGGGUGUAUACGAAAACAUGAAACUCGACUCGACAACGGUUAAAAUUAGUUUGUCAACAGUUUAUUUUGUUAUUUAAUCAUUUAUUUUCAAUUUCAUACAUGGGUA